UUCAUGCUGAUAUUGUAUGCGAAUAGUUGUCUGUUGUUAGCUUGGCUGUGGCUUAAUAUUUUAUAUUGGUGAUUUUUACCAGUUAAUAUAUUUUAUUGAUUUAUUUAUUUACAGAAAAUGUCUGAAACAAAUACUAAGAAUCGGAAGAAGUUGAUGAAUCCGCACACAGCCGGCAAAAAAAGUUUCGCUUUAGUCCGCAAUAAAUUGGAAAAAAACAAGGAAAAUGUAUCACUUAAGGAGCUCUUUGUAGAAACAAGAGCAAGGAAACCCGGGCGCUCGUACAAGGAGUCCAAUGAAAACACAUCUAGUAAAAUUGCUGAAAUGGAGGAAAUUGAAACACAACUGAGCGCACAUGAUAGUCAGCCUGCUGAUGCAUAUUCAGCCGUUAUGGAUCCUGAACAUCCGGGACGUCUUAGAUUAUAUGGACGGGGGUUUACAAAGACUUCUUUGAAAAGAAAAGCUGGCAAUUUUGAACCAACUUCAAAUGCCACAAAUGAUGUAGUGCAACAAAUGCAAGAAAAGAUCCAAAAAAUGCAGGAAGAAAUGGAGGAGAAAAAGAGAACUAUACGAUCAGAGGUUACUACAGAAGUUACUGCAAAUGUAAUUGCACAACUUUAGCGUGCAUGAUUAAUUAGUCCAGACAUGCUAGCAACAUUGUUUGUUCCUUCACCGGGAGAAGCUAUUUCUGCACCACAGGCUGCUAAUCAAAUAACCCGUCGGCCAUCUAUAGAUAACAACAAUUAAGGUGGUGAAAUUGAACAAGGAUAUGAAAGAAGUGAAGACAUGACUUAGGAGAAUUGGGUUGAUGUUUUUGAAAACUGAAAACUUGUGUGUUCCACCUCUUGAAUGGUCAAAUAUUAUCUUGAUAUUUUGCUUUUAUAGAUAUUACCUGACCUCUAGGAUCUUGGAUUAUUAUUUUGGUAUGACGUUGGAUCUUGUAUUAUUAUUUUGGUAUG